CUUACGAGGUGCGCUCCGGUACCAACGCGUGCGUCGCUCAAUUCCUUCGCGCGCCCGAUGUCGUGCUGUGCCCUUUCAAUCGUGCCUCGGUGACAGUGCCCACCUGCCUACUCCAAGCUAGUCCACAAUCAGCCCCGCUAUGGGGUGCGGCCGCGGACUCUGCACCGCCGACAAGAUCUUCAUUUUCAUCAAUUUAUUAUUCGCGAUGUACAGCGGCGCGCUGCUGGCGACGGCGGCGCGGCUGGCGUGGGACCCCAGCACGUACACGUGGUUCCGCUUCCUGGCCGUGGUGCAGUACCGCGUCACCACUGCCUACGUGCUGGCGGCCGGCCUGUGGCUCGCCGCGCUCGUGUACCUCGCCGCCGCCGCCGCGCACCGCACUGCGCGCACCAGCCUGAACCUCUACUCGGCCGGCGUGGCCUGCCUGGCGGUCAGCGAAGUGGCGUACGGUGCGUGGAUGGUGGCCUCUCUGCUGGAGUGGUGGCGCAGCGCCCCCGAGGCAGAGCUGGCGCGCCACGGCAUCGACCUGCUCCACGACAUCAAACCCGCGCUGCUCGCCGUCGAGCGCUACGCUGACGUGGCGCGCCCCAUCUACGCCAUGAUUGAGGAGGUGGAGCGAGAAGCGCCGAACAACGUUUUCGUAAUAAUUGUCUUCACCGGGGUCGGCGUCAUACUGCAGAUAGUGGCGUUCGUGAUGGCGCGCCGGUUGGCGCGGCGCCCCGCGGCGGCGCCCCCGGGCGAGCGCCCCGGCGAGCGCCCCGCGCCCUGCGCCUGCGCCUGCGACAAGCGCGCCGCCGACGACGACAGCGACAGCGACGGCCACGACGCGCCGCCCGGCUGGCGCAAGAAGGCCAACCUCCGCAUGUACACCAUCCUCGACAAGAUUUUCUAG